AUGGAGGCCCGGGCGCCGAACGGGCGCGGGCCCGGUCGGCGUGCGCGCUCCCGACAAGUGGUGGCGCGCUUCCCCCCACCCUCUGCUUCCCCCUCUCUCGAGGCUGCUGCAGAUCCCUCACGGGAGUUCUUGUGCAGGCUGGCGGAGCAUGGUGGCAGUAGCAGGGCUGGUGGCAGCUGGGAAGUGAGGAGGAGCCAUCGGCCCAGGAGCAGGCCCCCCCCAGACAUGGAGUAUGAAAGACGAGGUGGCCGUGGAGACAGAACUGGCCGCUACGGUGCCACUGACCGCAGCCUCCAGGAUGAUGGGCUGGACAGCCGCAGUCAGAGAGACCAUGAUUACCGGGACAUGGAUUACCGAUCCUAUCCCCGGGACUUCAGCAGCCAAGAACCCCGCCACGAUUAUGACGACUCAUCUGAGGAGCAGAGUGCAGAGGAUUCCUAUGAGGCUUCUUCAGGUUCCGAGACACAGCAGCGUAAGCGGGACAGCCCAACUGAGCCCCUGGGCUUCCCUGGAGAUGGGGACUAUCGGGACCAGGACUAUCGAACCGAGCAAGGGGAGGAAGAGGAGGAAGAGAAAGCCAGUCAUAUCAUCAUGCUGAGAAUGCUGCCUCAGGCAGCUGCAGAGAAUGAU